AUGGGGGCCUCCAACCGCGGAGGAGCUAAAAGGCGGGGGAAAAACCCCCGCGGCUCCGCCCUCCACCCUGUCCACCGCCACGGAUUGACGGGUCACGUAUCGCAUGGGAAUCUGCAAACGAGUGUCGCACUGUUCAGCACGUUUAAGCAUUUGGAGAAGAUCAUCGAGCCGAGAAGAUCAUCGAGCCGAGAGCGAUUUGAAACGAGGGAAUAUUUGUGCUCUUCCACUCUGCCAUUCAUAAAGGUCGGUAAGCUGCUGCUUUUCCACCGCUCUCUGGCACUCUCCGUCACUCUCCUUAUUCCGCCCCCGCUUUUCUCCACCGCCGAUUUCUCAAGCUUCAAGAUUUUACAACUGAGGUUAAGAGGCUCGAACUCGGCACCUCAUACAUUGAUGUCUAAGCUCCUUGCCGCUAGGACAAAGGCUCUGGACGCAAACUCAUACAACUUGCAGAUUGGAGAAGUGCAAGCGGAUUCAGAUUAGCUUAACAUAGGUGUAGAUGGAUUCGGAUAAACAAAUUGUAAUGUUGUAGGAGGAAUAGUAUAAUAAAACAAUUGUAAAACUAUUUAAUUUAAUG